AUGGUCCAUGGAUUGGAUCCGAUGGGUCGUGCUAUCGACUUUGACGAGCAAUGUGGACUCGAUCACCACUUCGCUCCAGGCCAUGUCAUUGAACACCGAAACCGGUCGUCGACUACAGGAGAUGUUGCAGAUUUCCAAGAUGCAAUACUCCAAGCUCGUCGCGAACGGAUACUGAAUGCGUUGUAUCUCGAAGGUAUGAGUCGGCGUUAUCAAAAUGUGAAAACGGCCGUCACGCAAAACAAUCGGUGUGACCCCUUCACAAAUCCAGGACGCCAGAAGGGAUCUGGACAUAUGGAUGCUGGAAGACUGCUCCAUAUUCCAUUUAGUCGGCAAACCUGGCUCGGGCAAGAGCACAUUGAUGAAGCUCUUAUGCGACCAUCCGCAGACCUGAGAAAAGCUCCAGCAUUGGGCUCAAAACCGAAAACUGGUACUCUCACGCUUUUACUUCUGGAGACCGGACAAUGUCUUACAGAAGUUAAUGGAAGGUCUCAUCAGAAGCCUCCCGUAUUCCGUCCUCAAACAAUGUCCAGUGCUGAUUUCUCCAUUACUCCCGGCUCAGUGGUCUUAGUCGAACGUAACGGGGUUGUCGUCAUCUGCUCUCAUAUCGGAAGCCGAUGA